UGAUAUUUUAAGUAACACAUUUAGGGCCGGAUUUACCGUCGUCACGGACUUCGUGCGUAGUUAGGCUACUUCUGUAUUAAAAUCAAAAAUGACUAUGGCGGACAAAUUAUCCAACCGACUACCUACGAGCCUACGAUAAGUUGCUAUAAGUUGCUACUGAAUUUCCCAAUCAGGAAAAGGAAACAUUCGGCCCGGAGUUAAAAUAUUGCAUUUAACUUUCGGACUCCGCUAUUCUGCUGCAAGUUUUUUUCCCAAGUACUACAAGAUCAACUUAACCCAGCCAUUGAUUAUUAAACUGAGCCGCAACGCGCUGUAAGAUAAUAAUAUAUACACAACCUUCAUCAGCACGACGACAAGGGGUUACGAGGAUAUUUUUUGCGUAUGAGCGGUUUCGUGCGAGUGGGCACGGCAAACCCACCGCCACAACUCAAACUUCUGGGAGAUUAGGCCGAGGCAACACUGCUGCAGAAGCGGGAUAUGUGGGUUGAGCAGCAACACAUCCUGAUGUCAUCGAGUUCUUUGGCAAUCCACGGGUGGCCAUUUGGAGAGCAUGGCAUAGAGAUAUAUAUUGUUGAUUUAGAGACAACGAACCUUUGAUCUCUGUUGUUGGUACAGUUAAAAUAUUGGUCUUUUCUGAGGACUUACCCACCCAUGUACGUGUGGAAACAUAUUUUGCAAAAUUCCAAGUAUAAAAGGAACCAAAUCUCCCAUCAAUUGAGUUCAGACUCUUCACAUAAAUAUCCCUCUUCAUCCCACCUAAAAAUCGCUUUCCAUCUACCACAGAUAGCUCCUCUAGUACUUAGGAACACAACGCUCUCACAUUCAUAAUUCCCCACCAAACACAAACAAAAGCAUACAACAUGGCUCCCCAAAACAAAGCCCUCUGCUUCUCCAAAGUCCCAACCGAAUACCCUGUGCCGGGCGAGCACCUAACCAUCCAAACGGUCACAACGGACCCCUCCGCCCCCGCCCCAGAAAAUGGCAUCACCGUUCAAUCUCUCUACACCAGUUUCGACCCUUACAUGCGUGGCCGUAUGCGUGAUCCUGGCACCAAAUCAUACUCUCCAGCCUUCGACUUAGGAAAGCCUAUAUACAGCCGCUCCAUCGCUAAGGUUCUCGCGUCCAACGACAGCAAGUACAAGCCAGGCGACCUCGUCGUCGGUUUCCUGCCCGUACAGGAAUACGUCGCCCUGCCCCCCGCGGCCCUGGCAACCGUACAGCCGCUCGACAACCCCCUAGGCCUCGAGGAUAUCCGCGUCUUCCUAGGCCCGCUCGGGAUGCCCGGACUGACGGCGUACUCAUCUCUCAUGGAAAUCGGCAAGCCGGUCAAGGGCGAGACGAUCUUCAUCUCCGCCGCGUCGGGUGCGGUGGGACAGGUCGUGGGCCAGUUGGCGAAGCACCUGGGUCUGAAGGUGAUUGGCAGCGUUGGCUCAGAUGCCAAGUUGGAUUACAUCCUGAAGGAACUGGGCUUUGACGGUGGCUUCAACUACAAGAAGGAGAAGCCGUGCGAUGCUCUGGCGCGACUUGCGCCGGAGGGGAUCGAUAUUUACUAUGAGAACGUGGGCGGGGAGCAUCUCGAGGCAGCGAUCGAUGCGAUGAAGGAUUUCGGCCGUAUUGUUGCCUGUGGCAUGAUUUCGCAGUACAACCUGAAGCCACAGGACAGGUACGGGGUUAAGAAUAUCUUUAUGGUUGUUUCGAAGAGGAUUACUAUGCGUGGGUUUAUUGUUGGAGAUAAAGGGAUGGGUGAUAAGUGGGCGAAGGAGCAUAUGGAGACAGUCUCGCGGUGGAUUAAGGAGGGCUCGUUCAAGCCCGUCAUUGCCGAGACGGUGGGCAUUGAUAACGCAGCGGCGGGCCUGGCGGGCAUCUUCCGUGGGGAGAACUUUGGAAAGGCCGUCUUGAAGUUCCAGAAGUGAUCAUUAGACCUUUUCGGAAGCCAAGAUUUAAGUAGAUGAUUGUCAAUCGGAGGCAUUGUUUCAGAGUAAUGUUAUUUUAUUGCUCCCAGCUGGCGAAAAAUGACCGGCGUGGUUGGCUGCAUGCAGGAUGAAAAUCCAUUUUGAAGAUCUUAACUUAAAGCAUCAUAACUAGUUGGCUUAAUUAAUAAUGAUUCUCAUUCGUUGCAUAUCAACCAAAUGUAUAGUACUGUACAAGCAUUGUCCAAAUAAUGGGCGUUGUUUAUGGAGUAGAGCUGCUCAUGAGAGGGUAGACAAAGCCAUAGUUACUAGCAAAUUCGGAAUUUCUUUCGGGCAAUAGGGAUGAGAAACCCACUUAUUAAAUUCUGUCAUUUCCGCCUCUCCCCACCCAUAUCAAUCCACAAAACAACAACUCUCUCUCCAACUCCCCGUUGACUUGGUAAUACGUAUGUAAGUAACUCGGCUUAGCUUAGUUCUCCC